UGUGUUGUGUUUUGAUUUCUUGUGUGUAUGUGCAGUGUGCACUAAAUAUUUAUUAGCAAUGGAUUUUUGUAUAUAAAUAUUUUAUGUCUAUAAUUUACAUAUUUUGAUAUGGAUGAUGAGAGACGAAGGAAAAUUGAAGCAGGGAAACAGAAACUUGCAGAGUUUAAAAAGAAAAGACUUAAAAGUAAAACAAAAAUUGCUGUUGAGAAUCCCAACCCUUCCCCAACUGUUGGAUGUUCUAGUCUACAAAAUACUGAUGAAGAUAAAACUUCCUGUUCUGUAGAUAAUUCAAACAUUGAAAGUUUAAAUAUGAAAGCAGAAUCAAAAGUUCCUUCAAGUGAUGAAAUAAGUACUGACUUAGCAAUGGAUAGUUCCUCACAAUUCUCAGAGGGGAGUGAUGAUGCUGCUCAUCUGGUUAAUGCUGAUUCUGAAUUGCUGUCUCUUUUUGACCAAAAGAUUAAAAGAUAUCAGUCAGCCAUUCAACACAAAGAUGCAAUUAUUCAAAAAUUGUCAGACAGACUAGCAUCAACCAUGAGUGCUCAUGCUGCCCAUUCAGAAAGUGAAGAAGUUAAAAAAUUGCAAAAUGAAAUAAAUUUGCUGCAAGUACAAAUAAAAGAGGCUGCUGAAAUGUUACAGAAACAAAAGUGUGCAAUUGAAGCUAAGACAGAGGGUGCUUCUAUUGAAGAAACAAAAGCUUUGUGUGAGGCUGGUGUGCAAGCUGAAGUAUCUUUAAGUGUGUUAGAAGAAUUGAUUUUAGGAUAUUCUAAUGUUCCAAAUUUCUCUGAAUGGUUAAGUGAGUUUCUGAAAAAUAAUGCUGCAGUAAUAAACCUCAAUCACAUUUUAGCAGAUCUGAAUCCUCCACCAGUGAAUGAUGACAGUGCUAAUCACAAGCAACCUCCUUCAGAAGUGCUAGAAAAUCAUCAAUGUACAUAUCCCAAUGACAUGCCUUCUUUGUUAAAAAAGAUGGAAUCACUAAGUAUUGUUGUGAAACUUUUAGAAUCCCUUGCAAAUAUAUCAUCUUCUAGAGCUUCUAUUGAUGGUGCCGGUGACUUUUCUUGUAGCAAAUUUCAGAGCUAUUUCUUAAAAAGGCUGAACUCUGGUGAUGGAGAACCCGAUGCAUCAGAAAGUGAAAGCCAACUGUCUGAUAUGAAUUAUGUUGAUGUAGAAACUCCAUGUGUACAGUCUUUUAAUAAAACUCCAAGUGAUAUUUCUUCUGUAGAAAAGUUGAGAAGCCAAAUAGCUGCCGGUGAUUUUAGUAUUGCUACUGAUUUUUUGUUGAGUGAAAUGGAAAAAAUAUCAACAUGUAUACCAUGUGAGAAACCUAGAUCUCAAGGUGAUAUCAUGAUAGACUCAUUAGAUUCUGAUGUUUUGCCUGAAGUACCAAGUACAGUGCCUGAAUCCCUGCAAAAUGAUGAAAAAUCUUCCAUAGAUCCUGAUUAUGAAAAGUUUUUAGCUGAAAAAUCUAAACUAGAAACUAAACUUAAGCUUUUGAAAAGUUUUGAUAAAGAACUACAAGGUACAGUGCAGAAUAAUUGUCCCAAAUUCCUUGAUGCAGAAACUUUGGUAAAUUCUGAAGACAACAUACUUCUAGAAGAACCUCCUAUGUCUUGCAUGAGUCUUUUAUCUCUCACAGACAGUGAAUAUAGAACUGAAAAUGCUAUGACAGAUUCUGAAACAAAUUUUAGCCGUAAAGUGUCCUUCGACAUGACAAGAUCCAUGCAAGAUGGGGAAAUUUGUUUAAAGUGUGAUAAAUAUUUUGAACUAAUGAGAGAAAAAUAUGAUGAUCAUGUGUGUAUUUUUAAAGAGGCCUUAGAAAACAGUUUGAAUCUAGAAAAGACUGAAAUGCUGAAAAAACUGGAAUCAGAAAUUGAAAAAUUGAAGAUUGAUAAAGAAAAUUUGAUGAUUGAAACUGAUAAGCAAAUUGAAUUACUCUGUCAAGAGCAAGAAAUGAAAAUUAAACAUUUAUCAAAUGAACAUGAUAAGGAAAUUGCAUAUUUCCAACAAACUCUUAAUAAUUGUAAUACUGAGAAACUUGCACAAAUUAAAACCUUGGAAGAGCAAUUGAUGGAAUCAAACACAAUAGUUUCCAAACUUAAAGAAGAAAUGUGCAAGAAAAAGAAUUUGGAAGAGCAACUUGAUGAAUCAAAUUCAAAAAUUAAUACACUUUUAGAAGAAAAUAAAAAACUGCUCUUUCAAGUGAAAUCCUUAGAAGAAGAGUUAGUGUCAUCAAACAAAAAAAUUAAUGAAAUUUUUGAAGAAAAAGAAAUUCUUUUACAAACAAUUCAAAAUCAUCAACAAGAGCUUGAAACUCUAAGAUCAAGCCAGGCUGAAGCUAUUGCUCAAGAGCAGAAACGGGUAGAAAGCCAAUAUUUAUCUACUCUUGAAGUAUUGAAGAAGCUUCAUGAGGAUGAAAUUACAGAUUUGAAACAAUUAUUUAAUAAACAACUCCAAGAAAAAGAAAACGAUCUUCAAGAAGAAUAUACAAAGACUAUCAACUUAAUAGAAACCACUCAUUCCAAUGAAUCAGCCGACUAUCAAAAGAAAAUCGAACAACUUCUUGAGGAGAAAUGUGAGCUUCUUUCCAAAACGACUCAGGAAUAUGAAGGGAUCCUCAAGAAAAACCACAAGGUCCUGGUAAUGCUGGUGAAUCAUCUUCAUAGGCAACUUGGGGUUCAAAAGGAACGUUUAGUUAAUGAAAGCCGCAAAUCUGUAAAUUCUGAUAUAGAGUUAACUUUUUCUGAUGCUUUGGAAGAAUUGAACAGAAGUAUUGAAGAUGGUAUACUGAAAUUUUUGAACCAAAACUAUUUUUUGAGUAAUGAAGAGAACUUUGAUGAUACUGAAUAUUUGCCUGUAGAAAUAAGACUACCCAUUACUGAUAAUGAUCUGCCUAUGAGGAAAAAUGGUGAAAAAUUCCACAGAGAUUUGCAGAAAUAUGGAGUUAAUGCAGAGAAAGAAAUCAGCGGUAGUAAAAGUCUAACACAAUUGUCAGAUCAUGCACAAUCAGAAGGUUCACUGGAAUCAGAAGACAUCUUAAUGAUCCAUUCUGAACUUAAUAAACUGCAAGAGCAGUUUCAGAAAGAUGCUGCUAUGUAUGAAGAAAUCAAUGGCCAACUCCUUCAAGAAUGCCAAGGUCUUCGGAAACAAGCAGAAGAGCUUGAAGACAAUAAAAAAAAACUGGAAUUGCAAUUGCAAGAAAAGGAAAAAGAACUAGCUGCCAAAGAGUCUCAGUUGGCUGCCAUUGAUGCCAGUUCUGUGAAGGGUAGCAUAUCAGGUCCCCAUCUUUCUUCCCAUGAUAAUAGAUCUUUACUUGAUGCUGCUCGAACAAACUUUCGACUUCUUAAUGUGUUGUCUGAUUUAGUAAAAACCUUUUUGGACAUUGAGCGUGAUAUCAAUGCCCAUCUUGAGAAACAUGGUUUAAUUCCUACUCGACCAGCAUCUUUGACUCAGCAUGAUGAAGAAACUGGUUACAGUGUUGGGUCUCGAGAAGAUUUUACUUCGUUGAGUAUUGGUGGAGAAUGCCCUACAAUUGAAUUGGCUGAAGAUGGUCCUGAUCUGACUCCAAGAGCUUGGGAUUUAUUUGCUACUGCUGGAGCAUAUGAUGCUGAUAUAGAAGGAGAGGAUGUUGUUCUGGGAGCAAGUCGUCGAUUAAGGUCUGCUGUUGACCACCUUCUUAAUCUCCUUACUCGUGCCUUGGAUAAUCAGCAAAACCAAGAUUUGAAAUUAUUAUUGAAACGAAAUGAAGAAUUAUCUCAGGAAUUGCAAGAAGAAGUGGAAGGCAGAGAUGCUUUGCACAUGAAAGUUGUUACAGCUGAAAGUACCAUUAGGAAGCUUGAAUGUGAAAAACAGAGGUUAGAAGAUUUGAUCCAAGAUCUGCAAGAAAAUCAAGAAAUAAUGAAGAGAGAACUAACUAUGGAAAGAAAUAAAUUGGCUCGUGUGUCUCAUGAAAAAGAAAGUGCCAAUGAUGAAAUUCAAAUGUUAAAGGAGCAGUGUGAAAUGCUUGCAAGUAGACUGGGAGACCCAGAAAGAACGGACGCUCAUAAAAUCUCGAAAACUUCCGACAAUUGUUUGCAUGAUCAGCCAGAACUUUUACAAGAAAAUUCCAGGCUUUCUACUGAAAAACAAUCAGUUCAAAAAAGCCUCAGCCAAGAACGUCAGUCUUUCUGUGAUCGUUUACACCAAAUGGAAAUGGAAUUGGAAGGAAUCAGAGCAGAAAAGGAAGAAAUCAUAGAGAAGAAGUGCAGAGAAAUAAGGGACUUGAAAGCAGAAAUGGAAGCUAUGGAGAAGCAAUUGCAGUCCAACAAAAAAUUUAUUGAUGAACAAGCUCAAGAGAGAGAACAGGAACGUGAAGAAUAUAUAAGAGAAAUAACAAAAAUGCAAGAUAUAGUGCGAGAAAAAGAAAAGAUACAGAGCAAUGAAGUGCAAUUAAUGAAAGAAAUUGAACAGUUAGAACAGCUCUUAAGAGCAAGGAUUGAAGACCACCAAAAUGCAAUGAAGAAGAAAGAGAUGGUUGAGAAUGAUUUGCGUCAAUCUCUAGAUAAAAUACGGGAUUUGCGUGAUGUUAUUGAAGAAUUAGAAAAAAAUUUAGAUAUGAAAUGUAAAAUAGAAGCUGAGUUGCGACAGAAAUUAGCCAUGAUGACUGAAUCAGUUGAUAUACACAAGAAAAUGAAUUCAGUUUUGGAAGAUGGCAUGACCAAAUCUAAAACUGCUCUUAUGAAUGGAGAAUCCAUGGAACAAGUCGAAAAUCUGAAAGAACAACUUGCUUCACAAAGCCAAGAAAUUGAACAAAUGUCACAAAACCAGACUUUGUUGCAUGAGCUCAGAGGGCAGAUACAUUUCCUGGAAGCUAAAGUUGAGCAGCGAGCUCGUUUGCUAGAAAGUAUGCAUCUCUCAUCAUUUACUAGUCCUAUUCAAAGUGAUGAUAAUUCUCCUAGUGGCUCUCAAGGUAGUGACAAUUUGCAACUUCCCUGUGAAGAUGGUUAUGAAAUGUCACCUCGUUCUGUUCAUUGGCUUGAAAUUCGAAGAUUGGAAGAAAAAAUUGGUCGAUUGGCACACAUGGAUGAGGAGCUUAUCAAAAAGAAUAAAGAAUUAGAAACUCAGCUGAGAAGAAUGAAAACUCAACAGAUGGAAAGUCAGCAUGAAAAUGCUGCUCUACAAGAAAGAUUGUCGGAACAACUUCUGCAAAUAUCUGCUUUGAAAUCUCACAUUCAAGAGCAAAAACACUGCCUGACUACUCCUCAAAAGUCCCAAGUAAUUAAUGAAAGAAUUGAAGAACUUCAUGAAGCAUUUGAAAACCAACUUGAGGAAAACAAAAAACUCUUGUCUCAGCUUCAGGAAACCCAGAGAGCUUUUAAUGCUCUGGAAUCUGAAAUUGAGAAGAAAGAUAAUUUGAUCAGGACUCUACAAAAUACUAUUUCUAGUACUAACGAGCAAAGGCAUUUGGAUACAAAAGCAAAGGAUCUCUCUUCUGUAACUUCAGAUGUGAAUGAAUCUACUGCUUGUUUUAAAUUAAUGCUUCUUGAAAAAAAUGAAGAACUUGUGAGCAAAACUCAAGAAUUGGAAAAUUUGAAAAAGGAAUUGGAAAGCCUACAAAAGAAUUCUCAAACUUCAGCACUGUCUGGACAAGAAUUAGAAACAAGAAUCAAGAUUGCUGAAGAGUUCGAGAAAGAAAAUGUCCGGUUGAAAUCUGAAAAUGAAAUUUUGAAAAGUGAAGUGGAGUCAUUAAAUGAAUCACUUGCAAGUGUUAAAGAGCAAUUAAAGAGUGAGCAAAAUCAAGUGGAAACUCUUAUGGAAGAAUUGGCACAUAUUUCUCAAGAUAAUAUAGAAGAUGUGUUUUCUCAUAAAUUCAGUAGUUAUGAAACUUGUGUGAAAACACUUGAGAAUGCAAAAGUAAUGCUUACCAGAAAACUCUCUGAACGUGACAAUCAGUUGAGAGAGAGAAAUUCAGAAAUAUCAUCUCUGAAAAAUUGUAUUGCAAUUCUCGAAUCCUCCGUUCGAGCUGCACGAAGAGAAUUGGAACUUGAACAGGUGCAAGUGGAACAACUUCUGCAAGAAAUGGGCAGUCUAACUGGUUAUCAGAAACGACUUGAACAGGAUUAUGAUAUAAUUCAAGAAAUGAUGCAACAAAAGGAAAGAGAAUUAGCCACAUUACAUGAAGAAACAGAUGCACAGAUGAAAUUAGAAGCUGAAGUAGAAUCUCUAGAGAGAGAGCUGGAGGAACAAAAAUCUAUUGAAUCAGAAUUGAGACAAAUAAUGAAGCAAAUGGAAGGGGCUUUAGAAGUUUCUAAAAGCACUUUAAAAUCAGAAAUUGCACAGUGGAGAUUGAGAGUUGAAAAUCUUGAAAAAGCUCACAGUGGAGAAGUUGAAACUUUAAGAAAGCAGAUUGAUGUGCUGUGCAAGAAUAUAACUGGCAGUGAAGUGGAAGAUAUUGAUAUAACAGAAAUCAAGAAAGAAAUUCUAGAGGCUGCUAAUACAUUUGGCCCAGAUGACAAGAAAGCUUAUGGUGAUUUAAUUUAUGCUCUACUAAAGAAAGCUGUUGAAGCUAAGCUAAAGAAAAUGUCGAAAGAUCAUGAAGCCCAUGUAAAAGAGAUCAAUCAGAGUUGGGAAAAUAAAAUAAAAUCAGAACUUGGUAAUUCUAGUUAUGAUUUCAAAUCUCAUUUUGAAAAACUUGAGAAAGAAAAUCUUUUACUGAGAGAAAAAUUUGAUGAACAGAAUCAACGAUUAUCAGUUGAAAAGGAUGCACAAUUUGAUGCUAAACUGCAAGAGAAAGAAAGAAUAUUAAGACAGGAAUUAGAAGCAAAGUAUGAUUCAGAGAUCAAUAAUCUCAAAUCUAGCCUGGAAAAUGUUUUGAAGGAGAAAUCUGAAUUAAAAUCCAAAGCCAAGGACUUAAUCCGACAAAUAAAAGAACAGAAACUAAAAUAUCAAACUCAGAGGAAUCAGAUGUUAAAAGAAUUUGAAGAUAAAAUUAUAUCUGCUAAAAAAGAACUUCAGGAAAAAUUAGAAAGUAAGCAACUGACUGAAACCAUAUGCAAGCAAGAAAUCGAAAGAUUGCAAACAGAACUGCAUUCUAAAUUGGAAAAAGAAAGAACCAUUGAAGAAAGUCAUCGAGAAGAAAUUUCUAGGUUGCACAAAUUUUUUGAAACACGUUGGGUAGAAGAGAUGAAAAAAAUUCAAGAAGUUCAAAUAGAAGAAUUGAAAAAGUUGAAGGAUACUAAAGAAAGGAAUAUAGAAGCAUUAUGUAACCAUUUGUUUGCACAAUAUAGUGAUAGAUUAAAGAAACUCCAGGAAGAUUAUGCUACUCAGUUAGCAGAAGAGCGCAAAACAACCAUUUUGCAACAUAGAUCUGAAUUGAAGACUUUACAGCAGGCACUAGAAAGAAGAUUUGAAAAUGAAAAGAAACAAAUCUUAGAUAUAAAAGAAAAAGAAAUCAAAUCAUUAUCUGAAUCAUUAGAAAGAAAGUACAGGAAGAAAUUGAGUGAAUUGCAUAAAGGUAGUAGUAAAAUGAAUAAAGACAACAAAAGUAGGUGGGAAGAAGAAAGAUUAGAGCUUAUUACCAUACAUGAUCAGGAAAUUGCUGAAUUAAAACAAGAACUGGAAAGUAAAUAUGAAAAAAUGCUGCAGAAUAGUCUAAUGUCUCAUGAAGCUGAGAUUAAAAGUCUGGAAGAAGCUUAUAGUCAAAAGGUUGAAGAAGUACAUGAACUAAUAAGAGAAGCCAGGCGUGUAGCAGCAAAGAGUUGUCAUUCAGAUUCUGGUUCUAAUCGAACUGCCACUCCAUCUUCAGAAAUGUCUUCUGAUGAAACAUGCAGCUCAUGUCAAGAAGAUAUGUUACCUGGAAAUAAGCACAUCUUAGUAAACAAAAUCCAUCAGGAUGGAAAGCGGGUUUUGUCUUUGAUUGAAUCUUCUCUUGCUCCUUCAUCAACAGAGCGAGAAGCUAGAUUAUGGAUUGAGGAACGCAAAUGGAUCGUAAAACGUAUCCAAAUUUUGACUCCUGAGAUUGUUGAUAAUCCAGCUAACCUGAAGCUAGUCAUCAGUAAUUUGGUUGAUGAGUUGUUUAAUGCAAGAAAGAAAUUAAUUAAGUAUAAUGAUGAAGUAAACAAAACUCAAGAGAAGUGCUCACAACUUGAAGAACAACUCAACGCUGAACGCUCUAAAGUGUAUAUCAUUGCAACAAAUUUAAAUCAACAAACAAAAGUUAUUAAGGACCUUGAAGCAUUAUUAAAUUUGAGGACGUCAGAAGUUACUGAAUUGAAAAAAAUACUUGCUAAUGAAAACAGUACACAUUACCAGCAGAAUUCAUUAGAAAAAGAUGGUGUGUUACAGCAUCAUAGUGAGAAUUUGACACCUUCAUCAUAUGAUGUUGGUUGCUUGAGAAGUGCAGAUGAACCUAGAUCAGCAGACAAAUUUUCCAUGUUCCUACCUGAAAUAGAAAGUCCAAACCUUCAGAAAUCUGUAGAAGACAUUGGGGUUUCUCGAGAAGGCCUGGCAUCAUUAGCUCAAGUAUCCAAAGAGUUAGAUCUAUAUCUUGACCGAUCAAUUUCUCAAGAAAGCAUCAGUCAAGGAUCAAAGAAUGAUGUCUCCAGUGUUAGGGAGGAACUUAUGUGUAUAUUUGGAGAUAAAAGGCAUCGGGGCUCCUAUGAUGCAAAGCUCCAUGGACUUUAUUGGGUGUAUAAACGAAGCAUGAGCUACAAUAAAUCUCUAGUCUAUCAAAAGAAAUAUCUAUUAAUGUUGUUAAGAGGUUUCCAAGUCACAGAGAAAGCAACUUUGGCUUGGCUUCAUCGUAUGGACAAUGAUAUUUCUCCAAGAUCACAAGGGGAUGAUUCUGUUGUGAGUAGUGAGCCUCCCUUAAGGGGACGAUCUCUGUUUCGUUCUGGUGCUCUUGUAAUUGUUGCCAUUCAGAGAAUGAAAUUUUAUGUGAGACGUUGGCGACUUUUGGCCAAAAUACCGUCAUCCCAAGUUGUAGAUGCUGAAAUAAGGACAGUUUUUCAAAGCUAUUCAGCAUUUUCACCAACAUUAACUCCUGGUGGAUGUAAUUUAUCAUCACUUUCAUUAUCAUCUAAAGCAACAUCUGUUAGUGGACAUUUUAGCAAUAGUCAAAGUGUAACAAUUUCAAGGUGUGAAAAUAAGACAAAGGAGAAAUAUUCCACUCCUGAUAAAAGGCAGCUGAUUGAGUAUGUCCGUCGUUUAGAAACACUUCAAAAACAACUUGGAUUGGACAACUUCAGAUGAUGUUCUAUUAGAAUUAUUGUAUAUAAUGUAUUUAAAAUAAUAUUUUAUUCAUUAAUGCCAAAGAAAAGUGUAAAGUUUUAUUAUCCUUUUUUCAGAAAAUCAAAUAUUUAUAGAGAUUAUUUUUAAUACAAAGACACUAAAAUUGUGUAAAUUUUUUGCAUUUUUGUAUAUAUAUAAAAAAUAAUUAUAAUUUGUUGAUAUCUAGUUGUGCCUUAAAAUGUUAAUCUUGAAUUUUAUCUCAAUGACUUGCAAAAUAAUUUUGCUUUGAAUUUUUUUUUUUUUUUUUUUUUUUUUUAUCUGUCUAAUUGUGAUUUUUGAAUGGGCUUUUGUUCUCGACCUUAGAUCUAAAAGAUGUUGCUACAUAUUUUCCUACUUGUGUUCUUAAAUCACAUUAAAUUAGCAUGUUACAUAAAUUCAUUGUUGAAAUGUGUGUUGUAUGGUUUAAGUGUCAGUAUUAUUGCUCACAUAAAUAAAUAUUUUGUGCCUUCCA